AUGGAGCUGGACCUAAAGACAUCACAUGAACGCGCGAGGGAGGAGCGGGAGGCAUGCGCGAGAGGAGGAGAUGUUCAGGCCGGCGGCCAGCCCGGUCAACCGGUCGUGCCUGGCGGCCACCCGGCCCCAGGUCCGGUACAUCUCGCCGGCCCGGCCCGGGCCCGCCCUCAUCCCGCUCCGGCGUGCGGCGGCCCUCCUGCUCCGCCGCCCAGCUCUCCCCCGUCCGCUUUCUUCCCCGUUCCUCUCUCCUCUCUAUCUCACCUUUCCCCUCUAUGUGUAGCACACGGUGGGCGGCCACAGGAGCUCGACGGCGACCUCCAUUCCUCAGACAGCGGCGCGUCGGCCACCUGGGUAACCGGUGCACUCCAUCUAAGGCUAAUUCAAGAAGCCAAACAACAACUCUAUUUAAGCUGUGAGUCAUCAGCCCUAACCAACAAGUCUAAAGUUGAUACUUCCAUAUGGAUUCAAACAACGGAAGGAGGAAAAGCAGGAGUUAUCUUACUUGGACAGACAAUAUGGAUCGGGUUCUCCUUGAUGUUCUUGCCGAGUAUCACAGUAAUGGCAAUCAUACAGCAAAUGGAUGGAAGCCACCUGCAUACUCUGCGUCAGUGAAAACUGUGCGCGAGAAGUGCAGUGUGGAGAUUACAAAGGACCACGUGUAUUCAAGAUGCAAGACCUUUGACAAGCAUUGCAGUAUCAUUAGCAGAUUACUUUCCCAUUCUGAUUUUGGAUGGGAUCAAGACAAGAACAUGCUCAUCAUUCACAAUGAGGAUGCUUGGAAAGUAUACAUAGAG